UACAGUCUGCCGUAUGCUCCGAAGCACCCAGCUCCUUAAAUCUGGGUCCGGAUCGUGCCAUACUGGGAGCAGACCCAUAGAAAUAAAUGGGCCUUGCGUUGCUUGUGACCAGCAAGUUCUGCCAGUCUCCUUCCAGGUAACCUCUCAAGGCCGAGUCUUCAAAAUGUGGCGUUCUGUAGCAACUCUCUUCCUCCUGGUGGCUCUCUCAAGUGCCCGGACCGUUCCCAACUUCCCACCCCUUUCCCAUGAUUUGGUGAACUACAUCAAUAAGCUCAACACUACUUGGCAGGCCGGACACAACUUCCAGAAUGUGGAAUACAGUUAUGUGAAAAAAUUGUGUGGGACCUUCUUGCACGGCCUUAAGCUGCCGGAAAGGUUUGGGUUUGCUGACGGCUUGGAAUUGCCCGAGAACUUCGACUCCCGCAAACAGUGGCCGAACUGUCCAACCAUCAACGAGAUCCGGGACCAAGGUUCCUGCGGCUCUUGCUGGGCGUUUGGCGCCGUGGAGGCCAUUUCGGAUCGCGUUUGCAUCCACACCAACGGCAAGGUCAACGUGGAGAUCUCUGCCGAAGACCUGCUCUCGUGCUGCGGCUUUGAAUGCGGGAUGGGGUGUAACGGCGGCUAUCCGUCAGGGGCCUGGAAGUACUGGACCGAAAAGGGCCUGGUGUCUGGCGGGCUUUACGAUUCCCACGUGGGCUGUCGGCCGUAUUCCAUUCCUCCCUGCGAGCACCACACCAACGGGACACGGCCCCCGUGCACCGGCGAAGGCGGGGAUACCCCUGAUUGCAUCAAGAAAUGUGAAGCCGGCUACUCGCCUUCGUACCAGGAUGACAAACACUACGGAGUGACUUCCUACAGUGUCCCUCCCAGUGAGAAAGAGAUAAUGGCCGAGAUCUACAAGAACGGACCAGUUGAGGCAGCUUUUAUCGUUUAUUCUGACUUCCUCAUGUACAAAUCAGGUGUCUAUCAACACGUCUCUGGGGAGUCCGUCGGGGGCCACGCGAUCCGAAUCCUCGGCUGGGGCGUCGAUGCUGGCACACCUUACUGGCUGGUGGCCAAUUCCUGGAACACAGACUGGGGUGAAAACGGCUUCUUCAGAAUCCUUCGUGGGCAGGACCACUGUGGAAUCGAGUCGGAGGUCGUUGCUGGAGUCCCAAGACUGAGCAAGUACUGGAAACACCUGUAAUUUUCUCCUCCUCUUGCAUCCAGCCACUCCUGCAAGUAACCAGUUGCCCUGUGGAAAUGGAAGCAUUUUAGACUUCACUUUUUUUUUUUAAUUGAAACCUUUUAAAAUGCCUUUUUUUUUGUGGGGUGGGGGAAACCGUGCAGUAUGUUUGUCUCCUGCGUGAGGCUCCCGGUCGAUGCAGGACACACAGCUUUCCUUGGCUGCUGGAGAAGAGGGGAAGCGAGGUGCCGGCGUGAAACUGACUGUGCGAAAAGAGGCAGCUGUAGAGGAAGGAAAGAGCCCUGUGGGAGCAGAAGACAAGAAUAUUACCCCUGCCGCACCUGGCCGACUCGGCCCUCCGACUCAUUGCGAUGGCUCCGGUCCGCCAGAGAAUCUCUUGAAGCGCCUCUGCUGCAGAACCGUCGAGUCGAGCGUUGUGUCCUGGCCACCUGGCCAAGCUGCAGCCCAUUGCCAAGGAGACGCUGCCAAACGCCCACUGGAGUCGGGUGAAAAUCACUGCUCGCCAUACCGGUGCUGAGAUCGGCCAUGUCCUCUGAAGGGGGGGCAUCUGGAGGGGAUGCAGCAGUGGGGGGCAGAAAGAGGGAGGGAUCGGUCCCAUCCCGGAUUGCUCAUGACCCCAUUCUUGCCAUUUCUCGGCCUGAAGGUGCAGCUUAGUGGCCGGGAACAGAUAGCUAUGACGGAGCCUUCUUUCCACGUGAGCUGGCCCCGGCCAGCCCCAGGGUUGAAGAGCUUACUCUUCUGCUGUCGCAGAGCUCGGUUUCUGAUUUAAAUUUGCCUCUUCCUGAAUCGCAGGACCAUCAGGUUGAUUAAUGCUGGGAGACUUCUAUUAUAGUUGCAUUUUUAAAUGGUAGGGCAGAAGCUUAAAAGAGGCCUUUUUGUUUUUAUGCAAAACCUUACUGUUUACUACUGCAUUUUAUUCACUUUAUUCGAUUUGAUUGCACUGGCUGGACUUGCGUAUUGGCUGCUGCUAGCUUAAAAGUUUUAAAAAAUCUAUUUUUGCUAUUGUAAAUUACUGAUGGGGAAUGAUGAAGGUGCAGGUAAUGAGUAGAAAGAUGAUAAAGGUGGGGUGGAAUCCGUACUGUGUUCAUAACUUUCAGCAGACCAUUGAAAUCAGUGGAAUUCCGUCAUAAUUCAGUCCCACUGAUUUCAGCGGGCCUCUUCUGGGGUUAGUGAAAAGUUCAUUAUUUCAGUAGCUUCCAGCUUCAGAUAAAUCGUCCUUGUUCGGCGCAGAAGGUCUGAGAGAUUUGGCUUCUGUAGCAAUCAUGAGCUUUUAACUUCAGUGUCGUCUCUUCAUUUUUCUCGUUCGGAUAAUAAAGUCCUCUUCUCACUGGUC